GGGGGGAGUGUGUGUGUGUAUGAGAGAGAGAGAAAUUCUUCAUUACUAUUGGUCAACUAUUUCCAUGUCAUUUGUUAAGGAUUAAAAAGUCUCUACAACCGUCAUACGUAACAUUCCUUCUUCUUGAAUCAAACUUUUCAUAUAUACGUUUGUAAACAAAUUCGUCCUCAACGAUUGAACAUUUCAUGAAUACAACGUUUUUUGGCCUACAUUCUUAUCGGGCAAAAAAUUAUAAUGGCACCGUGAAUACAGAGAAACACGCUUGUCCUGUACAUUUCAGUAUUCGUUUGACUUUCGCUUGAACCGUUUGUAUCUGACGCGCUCGGUAAUUCCUCGCAGUAAUAUGUACAUAUAGUUAUAAAUGACAUAAUUAGUGUUGAAUAGUUCUGUCUUGGGCUGUUAAAGUUCAGUUACAAGCACUUCUCAUCACAGAAAAAGAAAAUUCCCUCUAACCUGCGAAAUUUUCUUAAGUUAUUGAAUUACCGAGUCACAUAACGUCAGCUCUUUAGUAGAAUGCACUGAAGUGUACAGUGCGCACUGAGUCUUACAUCACGCGCGUAACUCGCUUUUUUUAUACCUUCUGAUAUGGCUGCUCAUCGAGGUAAAAAAUUCGAUACUGCACGUCAUUUAGAGAACAUAAAUGAGAAUGUUUUGACAAUGAAAAACUCUGACAUGGUUUGUGUAAACGAAACGAAAAAUCAUAACAUUGACGACACGCCGCGAGAAGAAAUGACUGAGUUUCUCGUUAAAUAUCGCGAUCGUAUUUAUAAUAUUUACAAUUUCUUGAAUAAUCAUCCUGGAGGAAAAAACACGCUUAUGCGUCUCAAGGAUCGAGACUUGGAUAAAGAAUUAGCAAAAAAUCCUCACUCGAAGUCUGCUUACUAUCUUCUCGAAGAAUUCGCUGUACAACAUCAAGUGAGAUACAAUGAAUACGAAAAUUUAAUAAACUGGGACAAGCCUAUGUUAUGGCAAGUAGGUUUUAUGGGUGAACAAUAUUGGGAAUGGGUAAAUCUGCCAGUAAACCGGCCUAUUCGAUUUUUCCAAUCCGACAUUUUAGAGAAAUUAUCGAUUUCACCAUGGUAUAUUCUACCAAUUAUCUGGCUACCCAUAAUUACAUAUUUCUUUUACAUGGGCUGUGCCUCGAAUGAUUUGACAAAUAUUGUACAAAAUAUUCUACCAUCUCUCGUUCUGGGGCUAUUCAUAUGGACCAUUUUAGAAUAUUUCUUUCAUCGAAAAAUAUUUCACUUUAGGCCACCACAUAACUCGAAAGUACUGAUUACUCUACAUUUCUUGUUACAUGGAAAUCAUCACAAGGCACCAUUGGAUAAUCGAAGACAAGUAUUCCCACCGACAUUCGCUUUAUUUUUGGCAGCAAUUGCUUGGGAAAUUUAUAAGGCUAUAUUUCCCGUGACAAUAGUUUAUUUUAUCGCUGCUGGUAGUACUAUAGGCUACUUGAGUUAUGAUUUAAUGCACUAUUAUUUGCAUAAUGGAGCACCAUUGGCAGAAUCAUAUCUAUAUACAAUGAAAAGAAAACAUAACUAUCAUCAUUUUGUACAUCAUGACCAAGGAUUUGGAAUCACUAAUGGAUUGUGGGAUCAAAUACUUAAUACAGAUUUAACUUUGAGAGAAUUAAAGGAACCUUUAAAAUGGUGA